GGGGCAUAUAUGGAAUUAUAAAUUAAUGCCCAUUACUUGGAGGGUAAACCGGUGAGAAUAGCAACUACUACAUAACCGCUCAUGCACAGGAGGAGUUCUUCUUCGUCUUCCCAGGCUCAAAACCACCUCUCUCCCUUUCUCUCUCUCUCUCUCUCUCUCUCUCCCUCCCUCUUCCGCAGUCACUCUUGAAGGUCAUCAAACCCUGAAUCGUCUCCCGUCGCUCAAUAUACUGAAGAGUAGUAUGUAGGUGGGGAGCAUUGAUCGUACGUUUGCUUCUUCACGAAUCAAAGGAAUAUGGCUAAGCAUUGGCAUUGUUUCUAUCCGAUUGCGAUUCUCCUCUGGGCUAUCAUGGGAUUUCAUGGUCUGGCAAUCACUGUUGAAUCAGAUGUUCAAGCUCUUCAGGAUUUAUACAGAUCGCUGAAGAGUCCUCGGCAGCUCGAAUUUUGGAAGGCAGAGGGUGGAGAUCCUUGUGCAGAAGCCUGGAUUGGAGUUCAAUGCUCUGGAUCUUCCGUAGUCCACAUCAAACUGCAUAGGCUACGGCUCAUGGGUAAUCUCGGGUUUAAGCUCUCCAAUCUGAGGAGUCUGAAGCAUCUGGAUGUGAGCUCUAAUUACAUUGAAGGCACAAUUCCAUACAUUUUACCUCCCAAUGUCACGUACCUAAACUUGUCUGCAAACAAGUUCAGCGGAAGCGUCCCAUACGUCAUUGAGAACAUGAAGCAUCUCCGGCAUCUGAAUCUGAGCCACAACUCGUUGUCGGGACCUCUGGGGGAUGUGUUUGAUGGCCUUUUGGAUUUAAGAGAAAUGGAUUUGUCAUUCAACAACUUCACAGGAGAUUUGCCUCCCUCAUUCAGAAACUUAACCAGCCUCAAAGGAUUGUUCUUGCAGAACAAUCAAUUUACUGGAUCAGUGAUUUUCUUGGCCAAUCUCACUCUAUCAGACUUGAACAUCGAGGAUAACCAUUUCAGUGGUGUGCUUCCAGAAAAAUUUCAAAAUAUACCCAAUUUGAGGAUAUGGGGCAAUCACUUUGACAGAGCAACAAACUCUCGACCAUGGCGCUUUCCUGCUGGAACUCCGCCUAGAGUGCAAAGUACCCGCAGCCCACCAGCAGCAAAUUUAAGUGCCUUUGAGAGCCAUCCAGCUCAAAUAAUACUUCACAAAGAUAAGAAGAAGUCACAUGCCACAGGAAUAUUUCUAAUGGUUGGCGGGCUAGCCGUGCUUGCAGCUUGUGCAGCUCUUUUUAUUGUGAUCCACAGAAGCCGCUCGCAGGGUGUAACACUUGGAAAUUUGGGUAACAGUGGAGAUUCAAUGCCUUCUCUACACAUGAGCACAGCCCAAGAUUAUACAUCCAUGCCAGCAAUGCACAGCGCCCAGUCUUCACCAUACAGUUCCUCUCCCAUGAUCACCCCCUCUCGACUGCCUCCAAUUCAGACUAAAACAAUACGGAUGUCCCAGAAAAAAAGUUUUACCAAGAAUAGAAUGCCAAUAGAUGCCAAAAUAUAUACCGUGGCAGAGCUUCAAAUUGCUACAAAUAGUUUUAGCGAAGAACAUCUUAUCGGUGAGGGAUCCCUUGGUUCUGUUUACAGAGCAGAGUUUCCUGAUGGCACGGUCUUAGCCGUGAAGAACAUUAGAACAGUACCGCUGUCCAUCAUUGAAGAGCAACAGUUUUUGGAUGUGAUCCGAAAUGCAUCGCGCUUGAGGCACCCUAACAUCGUGACACUCCUUGGAUACUGUACAGAGUACGGCCAGCACCUCAUUGUGUACGAAUUUAUCAGGAAGUUGUCCCUCCAUGAAGCUCUGCAUUGCGUUACCUACAAGCCACUAUCCUGGGGCUUACGCCUUCGGAUUGCUCUUGGGGUGGCACGCGCAUUGAAUUACACGCACUCAUCCGUGCCCCCCAUUGCUCAUAGCAACUUAAAGGCUUCCAAUGUCUUGCUCGAUGAAGAGCUCAUGCCCCGUCUCUCUGAUUGCGGCCUCGCUGUCUUGAGACCCCUUACUUCCAACAAGAUCAAGCUCAAGGCUUCAGAAAUGGCUAUUGCUGAUAGCGGAUAUAUUGCGCCUGAACAUGUUCAACCGGGGACUGAGAGCACCAAAGCAGAUAUCUAUGCCUUUGGCGUGUUGCUUCUGGAGCUAUUGACAGGGAGGAUGCCCUUCGACAACUCAAGACCAAAACAAGAGCAAUCCCUGGCAAGUUGGGCGUCAAGCAGGCUUCACGACACCACAUCCUUACGGCAGAUGGUUGAUCCAUCGCUUUCAAAAGCAAUCUCCUCCAAGUCCCUUUCGCGCUAUGCAGACAUCGUGUCUCUCUGCAUUCAGUCUGAGCAGGAAUUUAGGCCACCCAUGUCCAGUAUUGUGGAAUCCCUCAUGAGUCUGCUGCAGAAACCAAAUGCCCCCACUGGUGGCAAAGAAGCAGAACCUUUUGACAAAUCUAACCAGUCGACCAGCAGCAGAUUAUUUGGCUCGCCAACUCUCAGCUACUACUCAGUUUAAUCUUGCAGAGGGUAAC